UCAUCUUUCCAAGUUCUUCAAUCUGUUUAAACCACAAUAAUCAUUUUCAUCAUAUUCACAUGGCUCAGAAGGUGGUGUUGAAAGUUGUUAGCAUGACUGAUGACAAAACCAAGCAAAAAGCCAUUGAAGCUGCUGCUCAUAUUCAUGGAGUGGAUUCGAUAGGUGCAAAUCUUGAAGAUCAGCAGGUGACGGUGGUGGGAGAGAUGGACGCGGUGGCGGUCGUCAAGAAGCUAAAGAAAGUUGCAGGGAUGGUGGAAAUCAUAUCAAUUGGCCCUGCUGCUGAUCAAGAACCUCCACCUCCACCUCCACCUGAUCAGAAAAAGAAGAAGAAGAAGAAGACGACGACGAAAAAGAAGAAGAAGAAACAAGAAGAUAAUAAAGGUGAAGGCAAAGAAGAAAAGAACAAAAAUGGUGGAGAAUUAACGGGGUAUUAUCCAUCACCUUCUUUGUAUUCAUCCCGAAUGCAUGGCCACAUCGAAGGCUUUGUGAAUUAAACAUUGGUUCGACCUGAUGCGAAGGUGUAGUAGACUUGUGGUAUCCGAUAAUCGUAUUUUCCUGAAAGUCAGUGGUUCAAGUCUUGUUACAGAUGAAAACUUAGGGGCCGUUUAUCCAAAUGCUUACUCG